UAGCAGAUUAAACCGUUAGCUGAAUCUGAAUAACGUCAGACAAACCGUCAGAGUUCCGUUUUGUAAACAGAUCAGAGAUGGACCGACACCGGAAUCUACCGGAUGUGGUUUUAAAGAGAAGAGCAGACUUCCAGCAGCUGUUGGUGAGUAAAGACAAGGUUCUCCCUGAGCAGUGGAGCUCCAGUCUGGCGCAGGAGGUCCAAACUCAGCCCCCAUACAUUAAGGAGGAACAGGAGGAACUCUGGACCAGUCAGGGGGGAGAGCAGCUUCAAGGACUGGAGGGGGCCGAUAUCGCCAAGUUUCCAUUCACUCCUGUCCCAGUGAAGAGUGAAGAGGAUGAAGGCUCAGAUGUCCAGCAGCUGUUGGUGAGGAAAGAAGAGGUUCCCCCUGAGCACCAGGAGUGGAACCCCAGUCUGGACCAGGAGGACCCACCAGAGUCCCCACACAUUAAAGAGGAACAGGAGGAGCUCUGGACCAGUCAGUCAGAAUCAGUCUGUAACUUAAAUCCAGAUAGACAUUUACAACUGGAUACUGAGAACAGGGUGUCAGACUCUUCAGAAUUUAAGUCUGAAGUCAGUGAAGUUGAUUGGACAGAGACCGGGGAACCUCAAUCAGUUUUAAACUCCCUGAAAAUUAUUGAAGUCCCUGCAAGUGAUGUCAGAUGUAAUACAGGCAAGAAAACAUAUAGCUGCUCUGAGUGUGGAAGAAUAUUUGGCCGCAGCCCACACCUGAAGAUACACAUGAGGACUCAUACAGGAGAGAAACCAUUCAGCUGCCCAUUUUGUGGUAAAAGUUUUACUCAAAAGGUAAAUCUGACAUAUCACAUGUCCGUCCACACAGGGGAGAAACGAUUCAGCUGCCGUUUUUGUAAUGAAAGAUUCACUUGGUAUACACAGCUCAAAAGCCACCAGUGUGUUUGUGAGUCCUCACAGCUUCAUCAGAGCAAGGCUGAGGAGAACAGUGAGGCAGAGCCUGGUGAGAAAUCAUUCAGCUGCUCUGAGUGUGGGAAAAUAUUCAGCCGCAAGGACAAUCUGAACAUUCACAUGAGAAUCCACACAGGAGAGAGACCGUUCAGUUGCACAGUUUGUGGUAAAAGUUUUAAACAUGGAGGUCAUCUGACACAACACAUGGCUGUCCACACCAAGGAGAACAGAUUCAGUUGCAAUAUUUGUGACAAAAGAUUCACUUGGCUUUAUCAGCUCAAAAGACACAAGUGUGGUGGUGGGUCCUCACAGCUUCAUGAACUCUGGACCAGUCAGGAGGGAGAGCAGUUUCAAGGGGUGGAGGAGGCCGAUCUCACCAAGUUCUUAUUCACUCCUGUCCCUGUGAAGACUGAGGAUGAUGGAGAGAAACCUCAGUCCUCACAGCUUCAUCAAAGCCAGACUGAGAACAGAGAUUCUGUGGGAGGAGAGGGCUGUGUAGGAUCAGAACCAGCAAGGAACUCAGAUCCAGAUACACAUUUACGGCCACAUACUGAUGACAAGACUGAAAACUUUUCUGAAUUUAAGUUUAAAGUCUUUGAUGAUGAUUGGAAGGGAACUAGUGAACCUGAGUCAGGUUUAAACUGUGUUAAAAUGUAUGCAGAUUGCAACAAUGUCAAGAAAUCCUUCAGCUGCUCUGAAUGUGGGAAAAUAUUUGGCCGCAAGGAACAUCUGCAGACACAUGUUAGAAUUCACACAGGCGAGAGACCAUUUAGCUGCUCUGAUUGUGGUAAAACAUUCGGCUGCAAAAGGUCACUGCUGGGCCACAUGACAAGUCACACCGGAGAGAAACCAUUCAGCUGCUCUCAGUGUGGGAAAAGAUUUGGCCGCAUGGUAAAUCUGAAGACACAUGAGAGACUUCACACAGGGGAGAGACCAUUUAGUUGCCCAUUUUGUGGCAAAGGUUUCACACAAAAAGUGCACAUGACUCAACACAUGGCCGUGCACACAGGAGAGAAACAGUUCAGCUGCAGCAUUUGCGACAAAAAAUUCACUUGGCUGUCGGGUUUCAGACGACACAAGUGUGGCAGUGAGCAGUCAGAGCUCGAUGAAACUGAGGAGAACUCAGAGGUAGAACCAGGUGAUAAACCAUUUCGCUGCCGUGAGUGUGGUAACAGAUUUAAUCACAAACACAACCUGAAAGCCCACAUAAGAAUUCACACAGGAGAGAAACCAUUCAGCUGCUCUGUAUGUGGUAAAGGCUUUAUUGCAAGUGGAGCUCUCAAGAAACACCUGAGAACUCAUUCAGGAGAGAAGCCGUUCAGCUGCCCAGUUUGUGGCAUAAGAUUUACACAAGGAGGAAAUCUGAAACGACACAUGGCACAGCACAGCGGAGAAACACGAGAGAAACCAUUUAGCUGCUCAGUUUGUGGUAAAAGCUUUACACAAGUGUCAAAUAUGAAACGACACAUGGCACAACACACUACGACUGAAACAAGUCAGUCGCAGGAAGCAGAAAGUGAAUAUGUGAUCAGUCCAGACCUUAGAGAGCAUCAGCAGGACGAAACCAAGAGUCUGCUGAUGACUGAAGCUCGCAGACUUCAUACAGUCACUGACUGCAAACCAUCUGACAACUGAUAGUAGAUAUAAUUUCAUAUAUUUUAUUGUGUCAGAGCUUUAAAUUUAUUUUAACUUGGUUAAAUAAUAAGACACAUACACUAAAAAGUGACGGCAGUUCUUUGCAUACCUGGCUAUUCACUGCAGUGGGCCUGAUUGUCCGACUGGCUGUUUUGGAAAGUUAGACUGUUUUUACUUUGCUGUAGCCAAAGUUGGGCCAACUCUGGCCACAUGGCCCUUACAGUGAUGGGAGGUGAAACGUGUGGAGCAAGAGGGCAACUGUUAGCUCUUUUCCACUAGAGGAACUUAAUGUCCUGUAACCUGGAGCUUCAGAUAUUAAGACAAACAUCACCAUUUCUAUGUUCUGUCUGGGAGGAGAGUGCAGUUGUGGUGGAGACAACAGUCGAGCAAGAGGCACUGACAGUAGGGCCGCACAUCACAAUUAUUUUCAUUAUUGAUUCUUCUACAGAUGGUUUAAUUGAUUCCAUGUUUGGUUUUUAAAAUGUUAGAAAACAUUGAAUAGCGCCAUCAGACAUUCCCAGCGUCAAAGGUGAAUUCUUAAAAUGUCUUGUUUUGUUCAGUAAACAGACCAAAACCUAAAGAUAACAAAAGAAAAAUGGAAAAUAUUCCAAUCUGUGAAGCUGGAAUUAGAAUAUUUCUGCCGUUAAAAAAUUACUUAAAUGACUAAUCAGUUAAUAAAAUAGUUCAUGAUGAUUUUACUGACAAUCAGCUAAUUGAUUAAUCAACUAAUCGUUGCAGCUCUAAUUUCUUCUUUCCAUGUGUGACGACUUUUAACCAUCAGUAUGAUUAAAUGAGUGGUUUUCCAGAUGCAGUAGUAGUCUGACAGAAUGGAUCAGAAAGUGAAGGAGCCUGACUCCAGACCGACUCUAGAACCGACUGAGUCCUUCAGGACCUGUCGGCUUCUGGUCUCACUGCUCCAUAAAAACAACCCACUUCUCCAUUUUCUCCUAAGUCAGAAGACGAGGAAGCCAGUCUGCAGGAGGAAAACUCCCCUAUGAAGUGGAAAACGUAGCUCACUACUUGAACUCUUACAUGAUCCCAACACAACCUGAAUGUUACUGGUAACUGCAGAUAAACUGAUCACUUAGUUCCUAACAUUGCAGCCAAUCGGCAAAUUACACAGAAAAAAUAGCGAGGCAGGAAAACACCUGUUGGAUAUUCUGAAUCUGAGUAUCACCUGUAUACUGAGACAUACUUCCUUCCUGCAGUGUGAAUCUAAACACAUGUACUGUGUUAUUAAUUGUGGUGUUGCAAAUGAGCAGUUUUGUUUCUUCCUCAGAGAGUACCUGAACUUCCUAAUCGUAUCUGAAUGCUUUUAAAUCCCUUAUCAAACCUUUAAGUUGAUUGUUUGGUGGAAUGAGGACAUCUCUUUGUAAAAAAAAUCAGAACUGUUUAUGUUUCCCUAAACCACGGAGACUGUACUGAGCUGAAAGGGUGUUGGGUUUUCAUUUUUUUAAUCAUAUUUUUUUCAUAUUUAGUCUCUUUUGUGUGACGUUCAUUACCACCGUCCUCCCCCAGUUUUUAUUUUGCUCUGAGCAGAAACAGCUUUAACAUGAUAUUUAGACAGGGACUUUGUUUAGGGAACCCGCCCACUAAUAUCACAUUUGGCAGUAGUUUGGUUGACCUGGGUGAAGUGUCUCGACUCUGUGGAAGCUUUAAGUGAAGGCAAGCGCCCACGUUCAGUCAGUCCUGUUUACAGCUGUGUCUCUGAGUGUUUGGUUAUGUCAGCAGUUUAUGUUCUUUGCAGAUGUCUGUAGUUUGAGAAAGAGGGCAGAGAUCUGAGAGAAAUCGGGAAUCAAAGAUUUUCCCUAAGCAGAGCACAAAGCAGUGAGGGGUUGAGAGGAAAAGAGCAGAACUGGAGACAGUAACAGUUGGUGAAGUUCCUGUAGUGAAAACAUCCUUUUUGCUUUACGCAUACUGAUGCCUUAGGACUCUGCUGUCAUCUGAGGGUCUCAGACUUCUCGCAAUCACUGACUUAGAACCAUUUGACAAAAAAUAUUACACAUCAGGACUUUAUUUAUAGAUCAAGGCGUUGAUGUUGCUGUAUUUCUAGAUCAAGUCAAUAAAAGUCAAAUAAACUACAGGGUGUGUGUUCAUGGUAACGAAGGAACAUGUCACCCAGGGCAACAAUGUGGCUGAGUGUCCGCUGGACACUGUUUUAUCUGAAUGUCAAUGAAUUUCUGAAAUUAGUUGGGAGAAAAUCUGAUUGUGCUCCUGACUGUUAAUUUAUGUCCUACUCUGCUUCAAUUAACUCAAAUCUCUUUUGCUCUUUAUUGCACACAGCUGUUGUUUUUUUGGAGCAGAGUUUGACUUUGUCAUCGGAUUAGAUUUCAAUUACGCGUUUAAUGUUUUGGUUUUUUUUGCUGCUCUUUCACAUUUUAGGAUCUCAUGAACAUACAUUUAAUAUUUGCCUUGUAAUUAACAAAAUUUACAUUACCUGAAAAUUUUGAGAAACAUCCUUAAUGAUCGAACUUUCCAAUGUUUUAUCUACCAAGAUGUGCUUUUAAAUAUGUUUCAAAAAACUAAAAGUUAUUUCUUGUUAAUUUUGCAUGAAAAGUUAAUUUUAAUUUCAAAGUUUAUUUAAAAGUAUACAUUUUUUAUUAUUACUCUGAUCAUUAACUGUUGACAGUUUUAUCUACAUUUAUAUGUCACAGAGCUACAUGAAAAAGUUUCUGAAUUGUGAAGGACCAAUUGAAUACAUUUCUCUGAGUUUGGUUUCAGUGGAAGAAAUUGUUCAUGUGUUUGUGUUUUUCAUUAUUGUUCUGAUUGAAGGUUUUUGGUCAUUAAAGUUACGUUAAAAGGUUA